AUGCUGUCACCGAAGCGGGUUAGGCUAGAUAAGCCGAUAGCGGCGGCGCACAAACGUAUAUUUGCCUUUCUUCUUUGCGUCAAUGAGGAGCGCGGCAUUCGUGCAACACUUCGGGUUGCUGGUGGUUGGGUGCGGGAUGUCCUGCUAGGUCUCCACUCACAGGAUAUUGACAUUGCCAUUGAGUCUCCCGAUUCGAGGCAUGUCUCCGGGGAACUCUUUGCGCGUGAGGUUGCGGCGUAUCAGCAGACGAUGGGUAUGGCCUCGCGCACGGUGAGCGUCAUCCGAGUCAAUCCGGAGUUGUCCAAGCACAUUGAGACCGCAACGGUGUGCGUGUACGAUACUCCCAUCGAAUUUUGUGCAUUGCGUCAUGAUGAAUACACGAGGUCGGACUCACGUAUUCCAGAGGUUCGACCUGCCACCCCACUGGAGGACGCGCUGCGUCGAGACUUUACCAUCAAUGCACUCUUCUACAACCUGCACACGAUGGAGGUGGAGGACUACACGACUGGUAUAGAGGACUUGCGGCGUCGUGUGCUGCGCUGCCCGCUGGACCCGAGCGAGACCUUUACGGAUGAUCCGUUACGUUUAUUGCGCGGAAUUCGUUUUGUGGGUCAGUUGGGUGAACUGGAAUUCUCACUUGAUGAUUCAGUCAUGUGUUGCGUGAACAAGGGGCUCCUUGAGAAGGUCACGGCGAAGGUCUCACGCGAGCGUAUUGGGAAGGAGUUGGUGAAGAUGUUGUCAGGACCCUCGCCUGAAAGGUGUGUGGACCUCCUUUUAAAGAUGGGCCUUCUCCAGCACGUUUUGCUGGCGGAGCUGUACAUGAAGAGAAGCCAGAAGGGCAAGUUCACCGCAGAGGUGGAGAGAAUAGAGUAUUUGGCUCCCGAAGACACCGCAACGGACGGCAGCCUUGCGAGCCUUGUGGCGCUAAAUCGCACACUGACGCCUCUCUAUUCGAGAAGCGACUCCCCAUUGCUUCUAUCGUCACCCUCCGAUAAGUUGGUGGCCGUGCUCUUUCUUCUCUGCUUGCCACUCUACCGCGGCACGCCUCGGGAGCAGCUGGCGGAGCGCCUCUAUGCGUUGUGUGUGAAUGGGCUGAAGUUGCCACUCACCUCCUACAAUGCCUUGCGGCGCAUGAUUGAAUGCCACAAGACUCUUCUCCAGCAUCGACUGGACAUGCGCGGCAUCACCAGUGCGGGGGUGACGGAUGCAGCGAAACUCGCCCUGUUUGAGGGAUUGAGUGACCUGAACGACAAGAGAAUGGUUUCGUCCGCGUUCAAAAUUGUGCUUUCCUCCUACUUGCUUCUUGAGCAGCGAAGUGAGCUUUUGGGCUGCAGCGACGUCGGUGCAGUGGCCGGCAUCAUUAGCGAUGUGUGGUCCGCGUUGGAGCGGGAGUCGGGCCUGCUUGACGCCAUGACGCGGCCGCUGCUGCUCAAAGGCGACGAGCUCUCCAAGCUCAUCCCGCUCGACCCCCCACAAAUCGGACCCGCACUAGUGGUGCUCCGAAGGUAUGCGAUGCUUCAUCCGCAGGCGACGCGUGACGACAUGAUCGCGUGGCUGAGGAAAGAGAAGGCCGCACUGUAG